CAUCCAUGUAUGUGUAGAUGUAUAUAGUUAUCAAAAAAUUAUGUAAUGAAAAGUAUAUAUAAUUCAUCAUUACAAAAUUAUAUUAAAACAAUCACAGUUCGAUAUAAUGUAUUGUCAAAAGAUAAUCAUGAAUACAUUCAAAUAUUUUCAAGUAAUUACAAGGUCUAACUAUGAUAUUGUAAAUUUCUGUCUAUUGAAUAAAAAAAGAAGUACAUUUAUGAUAUAUUCGCAACAAAUUAAUAAGAUGAAAAAAUGUUAUAGUAUUAAACAAAGGAAAAAUUCGCCACAAACUAAACAUUUUAUUUUAUCAGGUAGCUUUUUAUUUAAUUUAUUUUUUCCUAAAGAAGAAAAAGAUGAUGUUGAAGAAUUAACAAUGACAAUUAAACGAUCAAUUUUAUUAAUUCAGAAAGAAGAAUUUCUAAAAGCAGAGCAAAUGCUACAUAUUGCUUUGCGCCAAGCACAAACUUUACAACAUUAUGAUGGUAUAACUUAUGUGUAUGAUGUAAUGGCAAAUCUAGCAUAUGAUACAAAUGACUAUAAAAAAGCAGAAAAGCUAUUUAAAUCAGUUUUACAGAGACUAAUAGCUAAGGGAGUUCCACAGGAUGAUUUAGCAAUUAUUCAUAUUAGUCUUAAAAUUGCUGAUACAUAUGAUAAAAUAGGAGAUAAACAAAAGGCAGACACUGGUUACAAAUUUUGUUUACAACAUUUACAAAAUCAUUUAGCCAAAGACAGUGAAAAUCUAGAUGCAUUACAAUUGUUAGGCUUAAAUUUAGAAAAAUAUGCAUCUAUGCUUUUCUCACAAUCGCAGUAUAAUAAUGCUCUCGAGUACUUUACUAAAGCUUAUGAUAUAUCCAUAAAAAUAAAUGGUGAAGAAAAUGAACAAACUGUUAUUCUAUUAAAUAACUUAGCAAGUGUCUGUUAUAUACUACAAAAAUAUGAUGAAACAAUUAAAUAUUUAUCUAAAGCUGCAGAAAUAGGACACAAGUUACCAGAUAUGGUUGAAUUAGGUUUCAUUCAUGUCAACUUGGGACAUGCAUUUAUUUCAAAAGGACUUUAUGAAGAAGCAAAAAAAAAUUGUAGUAAGGGAGAAAAUUUAGCGAAAGCUAGAAAUGAUAAUGAAACUGUAGUGGAAGCUAAAAAAUGUCUUGAACAAAUAGAAAGUUUAAUAUUGUAAUAUAAAUGUAAAUAUUAAAUUGCAGUACUUUAACUUGUUUAACUUACAGGUAUAUUGAAAUUGAAAAUGUAUACAGUGAAAAAUUAUUAAACAUAUUAUACAUAUUUAUAAUAUAUUUGUUAUAUAUCCACGUUUUAUUUAAAAAUUAAUUGGUAGAAUGAAAGAUAAUUCUAUAUCAUAUAUAAAAAUUAUUGACUCUAAUAAAACAAAUUUGCAUAUAAUUUUAUGAAUUUUUACAAUGUGUUUAGAUAAAAGUAGAAAAUUGUUAUUGUAAUAUACAAAACUGAUAUAACUACAGAAAAAUGUAUAAUAUUUUAAUUGAAAUUGAAAUUAUGAUUCUUAUAAUUAUAUAGAGAAUAUGUUUUUAUGUAUACAUAUAGAAAACAUACAAUGUUUAUUUUCAUUUACAGUAGUUACAUGUCUAUAUAAGUGUAAGCAAUAUCUAUAAAAAAAUAAAUAAAUGUAACGUGUAAAAAACAUAUCUUCUCACAACAUAAAUGAAGUUCUAACACAA